AUGUUCUCCCGAUCUAAAUUACUUUUCUCGAGGAUAACACCUCUGAAAAAUACUUUUAGUGUAGAUUUUCAAAAUGGGCCCCGUGUGUUGUAUGGUAUAUCAUCAGUGAGAAAUCGUUCUACAACUCCAAUCAAUACGAUUAUAAUGUUUGUUCCACAACAAGAGGCAUGGAUCGUAGAGAGAAUGGGUAAAUUUCACAGAUUACUGGAGCCAGGACUCAAUUUGCUUUGGCCAAUUGUAGACAAAAUCAAGUAUGUGCAGAGCCUAAAAGAAAUAGCUAUAGAUGUUCCAAAGCAGAGUGCAAUUACAUCUGAUAAUGUUACUUUAAGUAUUGAUGGUGUAUUGUAUCUACGAAUUGUUGAUCCAUAUUUAGCAUCCUAUGGAGUGGAAGAUCCAGAGUUUGCCAUAACACAACUAGCACAAACUACAAUGAGGUCCGAGUUGGGACAGAUAUCACUAGACAAAGUUUUUAGAGAACGAGAGUCACUUAAUGUUUCUAUAGUCCAUGCCAUUAAUAAAGCAAGCGAAGCAUGGGGCAUUACUUGUCUCAGAUAUGAAAUACGGGAUAUAAAGCUGCCGACCAGGGUACAUGAAGCCAUGCAAAUGCAAGUUGAAGCUGAGAGAAGGAAACGAGCUGCUAUAUUAGAAUCUGAAGGUGUUAGAGCAGCUGAUAUUAAUGUUGCAGAAGGAAAACGUCAAUCAAGAAUAUUGGCUUCUGAGGCUGAGAAGAUGGAGCAGAUAAAUAAAGCGUCAGGUGAGGCUCAAGCUAUGUUGGCGGUUGCCGAAGCUCGAGCUAAAGGACUUACCAUCGUAGGACAGGCGCUCGCAAAAACGGAUAGUAAACACGCUGCCGCGCUUACGUUAGCCGAGCAGUAUGUAUCAGCAUUUAAUAAACUAGCAAGAACAAACAAUACUCUCAUACUGCCAGCAAAUGCAGGGGAUGUUUCAAAUUUGGUCGCUCAGGCAAUGUCAAUAUAUUCAACAGUAACUUCACAAAACAACCAUAACCAUGUACCUCAUGGUGAGCCGAUCAUACCUGAUAUAAUGGCCGAGGAUCCUAUGUAUAAACUCAAUAUGCCAAAUGACAAAGGUUUGACAAUGGCUGGACAAGCCGUUCCUAAUGAGGACUUGGCGGAAUAUUUCUCAGACGAUGAGGAGAGGGAAAAGGCAUUGCAGACACAGAAAGACAAGAAAAAGCAUUUGAACACAUUAGAAAAAGAUCCAUAG